CCAGCCUUUCCCCUCCUCCUCCUCUCCUCCUCCCUCCACAGUGUUUCUUUCCCUCCCUCUCUUCUAGGCACCACACCCAGCUCCCCGCCCGUCCCAUCCCCGCGCUCCCCGCCUCGACGAGCAGAGCAUCUUCUGGCUUCUCCUGUGGGGCGCUGCUGGCGAGCCCCUGCGCUUUCUUACAGACGCCCCCCGUGGAAGUGUUUCUACGAUGCCGGUAACACGCUCAAAAUCUGUGGGCAACACUAGUGCCUUGACCUCCCAUCUGGGCAUCAUCCGUUUGCUGGAAGCCAUUUUCACCUGUGUUGCCUUCAGCUUAGUGGUCCACCAGAAAGCCUGGUGGGGUCAUAACGGCGACUGGUGCCUGUUCUCAUGGUGUUUUUGCUUCGCCGUCACCAUCGUCAUCUUGAUGGUGGAGUUUUUUGGGCUUCAGCACCAUAUUCCUGUCUCCUGGAAGAAUUUCCCCAUCACGUUCGCCAUGUAUGCAACCUUGAUGUGCCUCUCCGCUUCCGUCAUCUACCCAGUGAGCUUCAUUCAGAAUCAUCAACUUGGCAGCACAGAGCGUGCAUACCGAAUUUCUGCCACGGUGUUCUCUUGCCUCGCUUGUCUGGCCUACUUCUCAGAGGUCACCAUGACUAAAGCCAAACCAGGAGAAGUCACUGGCUACAUGGCCACAGUCCCCGGCCUGCUCAAAGUGGUGGAGACCUUCGUUGCCUGCAUCAUCUUUGUCUUCAUCAGUGACCCAAAUAGCUACAGUAGUCCUGAAGCGGUGCAAUGGUGCAUGGCUGUCUACUGCAUCUGUUUCAUCCUUUCCCUAGUGGUCAUAAUCCUCUGCAUUGGCGAAUGCACCGGUUGGCUCCCUUGCCCAUUCAAUAAGUUCCUGAGUGGGUACACUCUCUUGGCUGUGCUCAUGUACGCAACAGCCACAAUCAUCUGGCCCAUCUUUAAGUUUGAUCGAAAACAUAACGGAACUCCAUCUCGACCUUCUAUCUGUAGCGGGUACGGAUUCUGCUGGUGGGACAAACUUGUUGCCAUCGCGGUCCUGACAGCUGUCAACCUGUUGCUUUACCUUGCUGACCUAGUGUACUCUGCACGGCUGAUAUUCAUCCAAGGGUAGACGGUUGCUGGUGGCAACAAGUAUCGGGGCAGAGACAGUCAAGAAGAAAGAGGGAAGGAGACAUGAAAACAGAAGGGAAGGGGAUUAUUGCCUUCCCUUUUCUGUUUCCAUGCUCCUCUCUUUCUCUUCUUUCCUUUCAUCUUUUCCCUUCCGUCCUUUCCUUUCCAUACUUACCCUUUCCUCUUUUUUUUCACAUUCCUUCUUUCCAGCCUUUUUAAUGUUGUGUGCCUCUCAUUCCACCUCUCACUCUUAGCUUGUGGCACGCUCGUCCUUUUCCACAUGACCCAACCCUCUCAAGCCUUUGCCCACUCCAUGUUCCGCCUUGCACACACUCCCCCCUUUCAUGCUUCUUGCAUGUUGCUCUGUUUCCUUCUCUUUCUCACACUCAAAAUCUUUCCCUCUCCGUGCCCCCCUUCACAAAGUGUAACUAGCGAAGAGCUUCAAGAAUCAGGGGCACAAAGAUGGUGCUGAGUGUUGUCGGUGGUGAUGACGGCAUCAGUAGGGAAUGGGAAAUACGUAAAGGAGCAUAGGCUUGAUUUAAGGAGAACCCUGAGAAGUGCUCAAUUUGCAAUGCCCCUGUAACACUUCUAAUUUGAACAUGUACCUUCCUGAAUUCUGUUUGCCCAUCUGUUGCCCAGUCCACACAUGCACCUUUGCCCCCCAAUGUAGUACACUCCUUCAGUGUUUGUGCUUUCCAUGUGUCUGGCCCUCAUGAGCAAUCUUUGUUCAAGCUGCUUGCUUGUUGCAGUUCUGUCUGUCUCCUUGGUGAUUGGGAGUAGGAGAAAGUGGAUUGGCUUAUUCAGAUGUGUGUACCAGCAGCUACCACCAAGUCAUCUUUCUAGCAGAUGGGGGACCCUGGUUUGGGCUGAGAGGGCAUGACAAGUGCUGGGGCCUUAAGAGAGACCCUUGCUUGCAGGGGAAAAAAAGUUGACAGGCCUUCCUUUAAUAAAAAAUUUGUCUGGCAGUCAAAAACAAUCAUGUCCUCGUUAAGGGCUUUAAAGGCAAUGAAGAAGUUUUCUCGCUAUGGUGAUCCCACCCCCUACCCCCAUUUCUCCCCUUUAGUGUUUACUGAAUGUACUUAAUCCUUAAUGAAUGAAUGUACCUGUCGAAAAGGUGGAUAUCUACUUGAUAAUGUCUCGGGAACGGUGGAACAAUUUGCUGUGUGCUGCUCCUAUUUAAAUGAAUGGGAGCUGCACAGGAGCAGUGCUAUGUGGGUAGCUCACAAUUAAUUUUGUUUGCCAUCUUGAAGAAGAGUUUCUUGCAUGGUUAAGGAGGAUACCAUUCAAAAUAUUGAUUUGCAGAAGGCAAAGUUCAUGCCUGCAUGGUAAGUCUUAAAAGCAAGGUGUCCCACUUUUCUUGCUCUUGUCUGAGAGUUUUCUGUGAAAGAAAACCAUACAUUUUCCAAAUGUUAUUUGUGUGGUAACAGUUAAUCCUUCCAGUGCCUUGAAUCUUAAAUGAGAGUUCACUCUUCUGCAUUGAAAAUUGCAUUCAGCAGGUUAAAAUUUUCAUGGUUAAAAGGAAAAUCAUUGGACUUUGGGGCUUUACAGCCAACAAUGCACCAUUGCCAUACUGAAAAACAGCAUCUGCAUUGAAACAGCACUUUUUAAAUAUUUACCUAAGUAUUAAAAUUCUUGCUAGUGAUGUUUUUAAAGGAAGCAUAUAAACCCUAUUAUGUUGAAAAGCAGCAUUGUUCAUGGAAAAAGAACCUUGCCUUUAAUUCUUGUUGACACCUUUUAAAAAUACAAGACCCGUUACUGCCAAGGCCUUUAAGACAUCAACGUCAUCUUUUCUUGUUGUUAAAAAGAGCAUAUGACAUUCAAUAAAGUGUUAAAUGUGUAACUUUGACUUUCCUAUUGUUGUGUUUGCUUGCUUGAUUCAGUAUUUUUUAAAAAUAAAAAUCUUGGGGCAUAUGAUGUUCCCCCAUCCCGUAGCCUUAGAGACAAUUUUUCUUCUUCUACUCUGCACAAGAUUUUAGUUCUAUGUAUUUUUAAAACAUGAAUUUACUAUCCUGUUUCAUAAUUUGCUUUUUUAUACUUCUAGAUGUCAUGUAGCUUAAACUGAAAUAUAGGCUCUCUUCUCACAUUAUGCAUAACCCCAUUUCAACCUAAUUGUAGUGGUGUUGUUGUUGUUUUUGAGUGUAUAUGAUUUUUAAUAUGCAAAUAAAUAUAUAUCUAUAAAAUAAAGGAGCAAUGAUACAGUAAA